AUGGGAGCCAUCAUUCCCAACUCUGAGAGGUAUCCCAUGGCCUCAGACCCCGUAUUGACAAUGGGCGCCUCUGCCCAACACGCUUUCACUACGGACUCCUCUCCGGAGGAUCCGUAUAUCUAUCAAGCUGGAUUUGGAAACAGAUUCUCUUCUGAAGCCAUAGUAAAGUACAACCUUUAUUCCGAGCAGCUCAACGGUUCUACCUUUGUUGCCUCUCGAACUGACAUCCAAAAUGCCUGGUUCUACCGGAUUUUCCCAUCUGUGGCUCACGGAGAUAUCUCAAAGAAGCCACGAAACCCAGAUAUUGAGUCAAGAUUUACGUCUGGGAAUGAGAAUGUCGAGUUUGUUCCCGGAGGACUCUGUUGGAGAGCAUUCUCGGUGCCAAAGACGGAUGGGCCGGCUAUCGACUUCGUCCAGGGGCUCAAGACGAUAGUUGGGAAUGGCGACUCAACGACCAAGGACGGCUUAGCUGUACACGUAAUGAUGGUUCGGCCUGGCGAGCUGGCGGUGAUCCAGAGUGGCAUCCGCUUCAAGGUCGGGUUGCCGGAUGGUCCGGCCCGGGGUUACAUCCAAGAGAUAUUCGGAAGCCGGUACGAGCUGCCAGAACUGGGGCCGCUCGGAAGCAACGGGAUGGCUUUGCCUCGCGAUUUCGAGUUCCCCGUCGCCUCAUUUGACAUGGAUACGUCGGAGUGGGAGAUCGUGUAUAAACUGGCUGGAAAGCUGUGGUCCUGCAAACAGAACCACACGCCCUUUGACGUGGUCGCAUGGGAUGGCAACUAUGUGCCUUUCAAAUAUGCCGCCGAGAAGUUUGUCAAUGCCGCCUUCGUGGACAAGGACCAAGCCGACCCCAGUUUGUACACCGUCUUGACGGCGAAGUCCAAGAUGCCCGGUAUACCUGCAACAGAUGUCAUGUUUUUCACGCCAAAGUGGUCUUCGGCGACGAAUACCUUUCGACCUCCCUAUUAUCAUCGAAAUAUGUCGACGGAGGUGGUGGGAAUCGUGUAUGGCGGUUACAAGGGCACCAGUCGCAAUCUGGAAGCUGGUGGCCUGAGUUUCCAGUCGAGCUUCAUGCCGCAUGGAGAAACCCAUGAGGCGUUUGUGCAAGCGACUACCAAUGAGCUGAAGGCUCAACGCGUGGGAGAAGGCUUUCUCGGUUUUAUGUUCCAAAUCAGCACUCACUGCGCGGUGACACAAUAUGCGUUGGAAAGGAGCGGCGUGCUGGAAGUACCGCCGGCAUCUCUUUGGGACUCAAUGCAAGGACACUUUCUCGAGCACGCCGAAGAAGUAAAUAGCGACUUGCGAAGACGAGGACUACCGACCCUCGGGGCCACCCUGAGCCAUUGA